GAUGGGGGAGAUCAAGCGGAAUCGCGGGACCAGAAGGACACCCCGCAGCGGCGGAGGUGGACGGAGCGGAGGGCUUCCCGCCGGCGAUGGAGGUGCCGGGAGGGGAGGGCUUCCCGCCGACGAUGGAGGCGGGGGGAUGGGGGCCUUCCUGGUGAUACUAAGGUACAUGUCACGGAACCUAGCGGAAUGCCGGCCCCGAGAGGCGACACCUGCGGGAUCGGAGGGACUCCCGGCGGCAGUGGAGGAGGAGGGCUGCACCGUCGUGGCAAGGGCCAUGCCGAGGAAGCCAGCGGAAGGCCGGCUCGGGUCGGCGAGAGCGAGGACGAGAUCGGAGGGACUCCCCGAGGCUAUGGAGAGGCAGGGAGCGGCGGGAUUCUCGCCGGCAGCGGAGGGGGAACAAGCCGUCUCCAUGGCGGUGGAAAAAGAGGCGCGGUGAAGUUCGAGGCCAAGAGGGCGGAUGGACCCUUCUCGGGGAUUCUGAUGCUGUGUGUGGACUUCACCUCGUCAAAAUUGGCAGACGAGGUAUUCGAAGCUUAUAAAGAGAAGAUUGAAGAAUUAGGUGGAACAUAUGUUACAGGGUAUAAUUGCAAGCAGGCCACUCAUCUUGCCGUGAUGGUAUGAAGUAAUUUUUAAGUCCAUGGUAGUGUACGGAUGUUGUACUAAUAUCAUCAUCAAUGGAUGAUAUAGAUAUGUGCAUGACUUUUGUGUAAGGAUAAGUUAAGAUUGCCAAUUACCUGAAAGUAUUGGAUGAUCUUACAUGAAUGGUGUCCAAGUGGCCC